AUGCCUGAGAACAUGCCCAAAGCAGCCCACUUCUGCUUCCGACGACGUUCGGCCAGCAUCGACAUCUCGGAGAGUCCAGACGACAGAUGUAAGCCCACUACUAGAAGGACAUCAAGUAGAAACCACAGCAGUCAGAAAAUGCUGGAGAAGAUGGGGUGGUCUAAAGGAAAGGGUUUAGGAGCUCAGGAACAAGGAGCCACAGAUCAUAUUAAAGUUCAAGUAAAAAAUAACCACCUGGGACUUGGAGCUACAAUCAAUAAUGAAGACAAUUGGAUUGCUCAUCAAGAUGAUUUUAACCAACUUCUGGCUGAAUUGAACACUUGUCAUGGCCAGGAAAUAGGAGACUCCUCAGAAAAUAAAGAGAAGAAAUCUUUUAGCCUUGAAGAAAAGUCCAAAGUUUCAAAAAACCGUGUUCAUUACAUGAAGUUUACAAAAGGGAAGGACCUAUCAUCUCGGAGUAAAACAGAUCUUGAUUGUAUUUUUGGGAAAAGACAGAAGACGAAGACUCUUGAGGAUGAAUCCAGCCCCACUCCUGUGGAAGAGAAUGAAACUACCACCACCAGUACCUUAACCAUCCAGGAAUAUUUUGCCAAGAGGAUGGCAGAGCUGAAGAACAAGCCACAAAUCGCAGAGAUAGAUGCUGACCAUUCAGAUAACCAGACUGAAUGGAAAAGGGGAAAGAAAAGAAACAAAGAAACAGAAGAUGAA